GUGUUCAUACACAUCUCGAAUUCACCCACGAAAUAAAGGUGUCUGGUGAGUUCCUCCGAUUUGCUUACCUCCGCCCUAAUCUCGACUGCGAGUUGAAUCCCUCAUUCAAUGCCGACCGGAUGGCCAGAGCUGACGUUAAUAAGAAAAGGCGUUCGUGUAUGAGCCACGCGCAAGUACUAAAACGUCUUAAGGGUGAAGAAGAAAACCUGAUGGUCACUGGCUACGAAUUCUUAAUGCCUUUGGAUCCGAGAUCAAGUAGCUUCUGUGCGACCCAAGAUUUUAUUAUCCCUCUCAUUUCGGUGUAG